UUCAAAAAAUUCAAUACAAAUUUUUGUAAAAUAAACAAUCAUAAUAUUUCAAUGUAGCACGAAGUCGAGAUAUUUCUUAAGAGAUUGGUAAUGAGACAUGGAGCGCCCACAACCCUAACGUCCUCUCUCGCUGUAUCGAUCAGUAAUGUGAUCUGCUCGGUUACAAUGGGAAUACGUUUCUACCAAGGCGACCCGAAAUUCGAGAGAUUUAUGGACCUCAUUAACGAAGGAUUCAAACUGUUUGGUAAAGUGACGUUAGCGAAUCAUAUACCGAUAUUGCGUCACUUCCCAUGGAUUAAUAGCGUCCAAAAUAAAAUCGAAAAAAAUCGAUCGGAAAUGGCUGAAUUCUUUCAAGAAGUUAUCAAUGAGCAUAAAGCAACGUAUGAUGAGAAUAACAUUAAUGAUAUUCUCGAUGCCUAUCUGUACGAAAUUCAGAAAGCUGAGGAAGAAAAUCGAGAAGAUCAGCUUUUUCAAGGAAAAGAUAAGGUUCGUCAAAUGCAACAAAUUCUGGGCGAUCUCUUCUCCGCGGGUAUGGAAACGGUGAAGAAUACUCUGGAGUGGUCGGUGGUUUUCAUGUUGCAUCAUCCAGAAGCAGCAAGGGCAGUACAGGAUGAAUUGGAUCAAGUCGUAGGAAGAUCAAGAUUACCCUCAUUGGAGGAUCGUCAAUUUCUUCCGAUUACUGAGGCGACGAUUCUAGAAGUUCUUCGCAGAUCCAAUCUUGUACCACUUGGCACUACGCACGCUACUACACGAGCCUAUUGGAGCCGGAGCAGGUGAAUCGGACUCGAUACAUUAAGAAUACUUGUUAGCAAUGAUCGUUCACGAAAGCAGCGGUCGCCGUUAGAAAUAGCGCGGGUGACACGGUUUCACUUCUUCGCGAAGAACAUGGCCAGAAAGAGCGUGACAAACGCAUGUGCGUGCGUGUAAAAAGCCAAGUGGACUUCAUCAGUUGGUUAAUAUCUCGUGUAGUUGAUGACUAUUGAAAUAUACGAUUAUCAAGUAUUAAACACAACA